AUGUUAUCACCACAACAUCAAGCUUUAUCUUCUUCCUUCACAACAACCACAGAGGCUUCAUUGAGUAGUAGUACAUUUGAACCUGUCGGUAAUUUAUUUGCCCUCAAGGGAUUUGAAAAAUGUAGAUUAACAACAGCAGGAAGACCCAUGUAUGCUUCCGAACUGAAGGAAAUUGAAAAUAUGAUUGUUGUUGGAAUUGCUCUGAUCGAUAAUAACGGAAAGGAAAUGAAAGAUUUUAAUCAUGUAUAUUUAUCGACACAUAGAAUAUAUUUUUUGAGUCAUGCGGAAUCAUCUGGCAAUAAUGGAGUUUCUUAUGAUUACGGGCUUUCAUGCUCAUUAUCAAUCGUGGAAAGAGUUGAAAAAGAAGGUGGAGGAUUAUUCCGAUCACCAAAAACCAAAAUUCUAAUCAAGUCCAAAGAUGUCACCGGCGAAAUAGUAAUUUCAUUUAGAAAGGGGAAGCGAGACGAGUUUGUGGAAUGUAUUAACGAGCAAUUAAAGAAAAAGAAAUGGUUAGAAAGUUUACCAACAGUAAGCUCAACUCCAUUGUUUACGACACCAACAAUAACGUCGUCUUCGCUUGGAUCGAUGGUGUCAGCAUCUACGGACUCAUUAGAAAGUAUGAGCAAAAAACCAAAGAAUUUUCAAACAAGCACUGCAGGUAUUGCAGGUAUCAUGAAAAGAAUUGACGAGGAGAAUUUAGAAGAAAGAAAGGAGUUGGAUGAAGCCUUUUCAGAUCUGAAAAAGCUCAUGGAAAAAGCAGAAGAUAUGGUUAAUUUAGCGGAAUCAUUUAAAAACAAGAUUGUACAACGAAAUAAGAGCGUAACACAUAACAAUACGGCAGAAGAAAAUGAAGAGGAAAAUCAAAUGUUAGAUUUCUUACUGAACUUGGGUCUGUCUUCCCCAGUCACAAAACAAUCCAGUGGAGCUCAAUACCAUCAACAACUAGCAAGACAACUAGUAGAUUUUCUCGACAACAUUGUCCAAGAGAGAUAUGGAGGAGUGAUCACAUUAACAGAUGCCUUUUGUUUAUACAACAGAGCCAGAGGAACUGCUUUAAUUUCUCCUGAAGACAUGCAAAUUGCAUGUUCUUUAUUUGAAAAGCUAAAACUACCAAUGAAGUUAAGGACUUUUGAAAGCGGCGUUGUAGUCAUUCAAUCCUCUCGAUACUCGGACACUUUAAUGGCCAACAAAAUAGAAUCAUUUAUUCGAGAGGGAAGAGAAAAGGAUGCCAUGUCCUAUUGCUAUAUUACUGCUGUGACGUUGGCAAGAUUGCUGAAUAUAAGCGCAAUAUUGGCAAAAGAAUUACUGUUGUCAGCAGAGGCUGCCAAGAAACUAUGUCGUGACGAAAAUGAGGAGGGUAUUCGAUUUUAUUUAGUCUCUGAUGUUUUUGAUCCUUUUGUUAAUUAUUAA